UGUCGGACACCGAGACACGCUUAAUUCAAGAAGUGUCUGUGAUUCUUACACUCUAUAAUUAACCAAAUCAUGUCUCAACUCUAAACAUAGCCUGAAUAUCAUCAAUACACAACAACAAUAACAAUAUUCAAAUAUACAACAUCACCAUUCACCACCCUCUACAAAAUCAAACCAAACAAAUCAAGAUAACUAAUUAACUAUUAAUUCAAACCAAGAAAAACAAAAGGGGCAUCAUAAAUUGGUUAAUGAAAGUAACAAUACAGAUCCAAAAGAAGAAAAAAAAACAUAGAUCUCAUGAACUAGUAGGCCCACAAGAGAAAACCUGAUGAGGUAACCUCAAAGCUUCAGAUUUAGAGAAACAAGUAUCAUCAAGAUCUUGGCUGGUACACCAGGUACACUUGGAAUUCUGAGAACACUUUGACUUCAAUACCAAAUCUCCACAGUUGAGAAGAAUAGGCCUCUUUGUUGAAAAGGGUUUCCUAGAUGAAACAUCUUGAGCAACCACCACAGCAUGAAAGGGUUGACAUAGAAAAAGGAAGAGAAAGAGAAAGAAGAGUGGUUUGGAGUUGGAGAUAGAGAACACCAUGGAUGAUGAUUCCAAGAUCAAAGAUUUCAGCUUUGAAAAAAAAAGGUAGAGACAUGAAAUUUAAACUUCCAUGGUGGUGUAAUGUGGGGUGGAAAAAACAGGAAUGGGAUGGGCUUGACGAGUGUUUUGCCGCGGCUGAUUUGGGGAACAUGUAUAUUCCCAACAUGGAUAAGGUUAAAGAACAGAUUAUGGAUGCACUAAGAGUGAGAGACCAAGGAGAGAAUAUAUUCGGAUUAUGUGGGCCAAAUAAAAGAGUCGAUUAUUUUGUAGAAACAACUAUAAGAAGAGCCGAGAGAGAUAGAUUGUUCCAAAAUAUUGUCACAACAACUGUGACAGAGAAGCCAGACAUUACUAAGAUUCAAACAGAAAUUGGUGAUGCAAUAGGUCUUAAUUUUGACGAUAAGAGAGAUUUAGCUGAAUCAAAUUGUUGCAUGUGUUUUGGUAAUAACAAAAGAAUAACUACUGCAGAAAGAGCUCGUCUUCUGUUUGCUAAGAUGAAGGAGCUGCAAACAGUUCUAGUUGUACUAUAUGAUCUUCAUGGUAGACUUGAUUUAGGUGAGAUUGGUAUCCCCUUUGGUGAAGAUCAUAAUGGUUGCAAGAUAUUGUUGACAUCCACAAGUCUCGAGGUUCUUUCCGAACAAAUGAAGGUUCAUAAAUUGAUACAAUUAUCAGAGACAUGACACAAUUCUCUUCCUAAUAGUGUUCGAAGCAAGAUGAAAAUUUGAAGUCCAAACAUGCACGUCAUUUGGAAAAACACCACGUUUAAGAGAUUAGAGGCUGAGAAGUGCUUUGUAGGUAUAGACGAACUAAGACUUAGUUUUUUUUUUACUGUCAAAUGUUUGUGUUUGUAAUCAAAGAUUUGGAUCCAGUUCAGAUAAUAAUUUCCUUUUUUCUUUCAGCUAAUUUAACUUUUAAUCUAUUUUUUUCCUCGGUCCAUUGUCCGUUUUUGCUGAAUUGCUGAAAUUCAUUUGUUUAUAAUCUACUCUUUAAUCUUCUAGUUAAAGGCCUGGAUAGUAUUUACAGUUGGUGUAGAUAUACAACACAAAGACAACUUUGAUGUUCAUGAUGCAUGUUUCUUGUGUUUACUUUUGACUUGUUUUUACCAUAUGAGUGAGCUUUGUGUUUCAUUAUUAUACAAAAGGGUUGGUUUCUCUAUUUGACUAGGUGAGCUUGGUGGCUAUAGUGUAUUUUGUUAUGAGUUCAAAGGCUGAGUUCCAUUUUCCUUCAUUUCGUCUAAUAAAGCCGGGUAUACUUUACUUUGCAGGCAACAAACAUGGCUGUUUAAUUAUUUGAAGGGUGAAUAGGUGGAAGCAUGAAAUUUGAACUUUCGCAAACAUAAUUGUGGUGUUGCAACUCUCAUUAUAGGCUAGGGAUAGGUCCCUCGCGUAUGGUGGUGCGACAAAGUGGGUUGGACACCUCUAAAGUGAGUAUAUAGUAGCAUAGAGUAAAGUGAAAAUAAAUGUGCUGUAACUUCUUGUGCCAUUAUGUUUAUUGAGAAUUUGAUUCCGUAUAAAAAGGCUUGUUUUGGGGACAUGUACAUUCCAACCGUGGAUGAUAAGGUUAAGGAACAGAUUAUGAGUGCACCAAGAGCGAGUGACCAAGGAGAAAGAAUAAUUGGAUUAUGCGGGCCAGAUAAAAGAGUCGAUCAUUCUGUAGAAACAGCUAUAGGAAUAGCUGAGAGACAUCAAUUGUUCCAAAAGAUUGUCAAAGCAACUGUGACAAAAAAAAACUGGACAUUACAAAGAUUCAGACACAAAUCGGUGAUGCAAUAGGUCUCAAUUUUGAUGAUCAGAUGAAUCUAGCUGGAUCAACUUCCUGCAUGUGUUUUGGUAAUAACAAAAGAAUGACAACUGCACAAAGAGCUCUUCUUCUGUGUGCUAAGAUGAAAGAGCUGCAAACAGUCCUAGUUGUACGGUAUGAUUUUCAAGGUAGGCUUGAUUUAGGUGAGAUUGGUAUCCCCUUUGGUGUAGAUCAUAAUGGCUGCAAGAUAUUUCUAACAUCAACAAGUGUAGAGGUUUUAUCCGAACAAAUGAAGGUUCAUGAAUUGAUACAAUUAUCAGAGAUAUGACAUGAUUCUCUUCCAACUGGAAGAAAAUCUGAGGUUCAAACAUGCACAUCGUUCAAAAAGCACCAUGUUGGAGAGAUUAGAGGUAGGCAAACUACUUUGUUGGUGUAAAUGAACUAAGAUUAUAUAUUUUUUCUUUUGUUUUCUGUCAAGUGAUUGCGCUUGUAAUCUAAAAUAUGAUUACAUUUCAGAUAAUAAUAACUAUCAUAUAAUGUUGUCAAAAAAAAAAACAAAAAAAACUAUCAUAUAACUGUCCUUAUAUUACUGUCA